AUGAAAUCCAAACAGAGAAGAAAGAUGUGGAAAAUGAAAAGUACAUUACAAAUAAUUUGAAGAAUGAUUUGGAACAAAUGAAAGACAACUUAGACGCAACAUAUGAUGAGAUUGUGCUGGAAAAACAAAAGAUAGAAAAUGAGAGAAAAGCCAUCGAACAGUCAAAGGCAGCUAUACAGAGAGAAGUUGAGGACAUGAAGAAUGCAGUGGAGAAGGUCAGCAUGGACAGAGAAAAAAUACAUGAAACUGAGUCUGAACUAAAAAAGGAGAAAGAGCACUAUAAUGUUCUUCUUGAAGAAACUCAGAGAAAGAGAGAUGAACUGGAGAAGACAGCUGCAGAGAUAGCAAAGCAAAAUGAAGACAUUGAGAUGAAGAAAGUCCUUCUUGAGAAGGAGAAAAAGGACACUGAAGGCAAAUGGUUGGAGUUACAGAGGAGAGGUGAGGAGCUGGAACUGCAGAUUACAAAACAAAAGGAAAAGGAAGACAUGGAUAAGAGGGCAGUGGAAGAACAGAGAACAAAACUGGAGAAAGAAAACACAAAAAUGACAAGUCAAAAAGAAGAACUAGAAAAAGAAAAGGAGAACAUGGUGAAAAAGCAGAAAGAACUAGACAUUCUGAAAGAACAAAUACACAAAGAAAAGGAUGAAAUUGAGGACGUCAGAAAUAAGAUGAUGACUGCUGAACUUUUACUUGAGCAAAGAGAGACUAAAAUGAAUGAAGAAAAGCAAAUUCUGGAGGACAGUCUGAGGAAGGUGACGGAGGAGAGAAGUGAUCUGGAUAAGAUGAGAAAGGAACUAGAAGCUCAAACUCAACACGUGGAAGACAUCAGAGAGAAAAUGAAACAGGAGAGAGAUGAAGUAGAUCGUCUGAUGAAUGAAAUCCAAACAGAGAAGAAAGACAUGGAAAAUGAAAAGUAUAUUACAAGUAAUUUGAAGAAUGAGUUGGAACAAAUGCAAGUCAACUUAGAUGUACAAUGUGUUGAGAUUGAGCAUGAAAAACAAAAGACUGAGAAUGAGAGAAAAGCCUUUGAGCAGUUAAAAGCAGUUAUGCAGAGAGAAGAUGAGGACCUGAAGAAUGAACUGGAGAAGGUCAGCAUGGACAGGCAGAAACUGAAUGAGAUGGAGACUGAACUACAAACAGAGAAAGAGAAAUAUAAAGUGCUUCUUGAAGAAACUCAGAGAAAGAGAGAUGAACUGGAGAAGACAGCUGCGGAGACAGCAAAGCAAAAUGAAGACAUUGAGAUGAAGAAAGUCCUUCUUGAGAAAGAGAAAAAGGACACUGAAAGCAAAUGGUUGGAGUUACAGAGGAGAAGUGAGGAGCUGGAACUGCUGAUUACAAAACAAAAGGAAAGGGAGGACAUGGACAAGAUGGCAAUGGAAGAAGAGAGAAAUGAACUGGAGAAAGAAGCUGCAGAAAUAACAAGACAAAAAGAAGAGAUAGAAGAAGAAAAGGAGAACAUGGUGAAAAAGCAGAAAGAACUAGACAUUCUGAAAGAGAAAAUAUACAAAGAAAAGGAUGAAAUGGAGGAAGUCAGAAAUAAGAUGAUGACUGCUGAACUUUUACUUGAGCAAAGAGAGACUAAAAUGAAUGAAGAAAAGCAAAUUCUGGAGGACAGUCUGAGGAAGGUGACGGAGGAGAGAAGUGAUCUGGAUAAGAUGAGAAAGGAACUGGAAGCUCAAGCUCAACACAUGGAAGACAUCAGAGAGAAAAUGAAACAGGAGAGAGAUGAAGUAGAUCGUCUGAUGAAUGAAAUCCAAACAGAGAAGAAAGAUGUGGAAAAUGAAAAGUACAUUACAAAUAAUUUGAAGAAUGAUUUGGAACAAAUGAAAGACAACUUAGACGCAACAUAUGAUGAGAUUGUGCUGGAAAAACAAAAGAUAGAAAAUGAGAGAAAAGCCAUCGAACAGUCAAAGGCAGCUAUACAGAGAGAAGUUGAGGACAUGAAGAAUGCAGUGGAGAAGGUCAGCAUGGACAGAGAAAAAAUACAUGAAACUGAGUCUGAACUAAAAAAGGAGAAAGAGCACUAUAAUGUUCUUCUUGAAGAAACUCAGAGAAAGAGAGAUGAACUGGAGAAGACAGCUGCAGAGAUAGCAAAGCAAAAUGAAGACAUUGAGAUGAAGAAAGUCCUUCUUGAGAAGGAGAAAAAGGACACUGAAGGCAAAUGGUUGGAGUUACAGAGGAGAGGUGAGGAGCUGGAACUGCAGAUUACAAAACAAAAGGAAAAGGAAGACAUGGAUAAGAGGGCAAUGGAAGAACAGAGAACAAAACUGGAGAAAGAAAACACAAAAAUGACAAGUCAAAAAGAAGAACUAGAAAAAGAAAAGGAGAACAUGGUGAAAAAGCAGAAAGAACUAGACAUUCUGAAAGAACAAAUACACAAAGAAAAGGAUGAAAUUGAGGACGUCAGAAAUAAGAUGAUGACUGCUGAACUUUUACUUGAGCAAAGAGAGACUAAAAUGAAUGAAGAAAAGCAAAUUCUGGAGGACAGUCUGAGGAAGGUGACGGAGGAGAGAAGUGAUCUGGAUAAGAUGAGAAAGGAACUAGAAGCUCAAACUCAACACGUGGAAGACAUCAGAGAGAAAAUGAAACAGGAGAGAGAUGAAGUAGAUCGUCUGAUGAAUGAAAUCCAAACAGAGAAGAAAGACAUGGAAAAUGAAAAGUAUAUUACAAGUAAUUUGAAGAAUGAGUUGGAACAAAUGCAAGUCAACUUAGAUGUACAAUGUGUUGAGAUUGAGCAUGAAAAACAAAAGACUGAGAAUGAGAGAAAAGCCUUUGAGCAGUUAAAAGCAGUUAUGCAGAGAGAAGAUGAGGACCUGAAGAAUGAACUGGAGAAGGUCAGCAUGGACAGGCAGAAACUGAAUGAGAUGGAGACUGAACUACAAACAGAGAAAGAGAAAUAUAAAGUGCUUCUUGAAGAAACUCAGAGAAAGAGAGAUGAACUGGAGAAGACAGCUGCGGAGACAGCAAAGCAAAAUGAAGACAUUGAGAUGAAGAAAGUCCUUCUUGAGAAAGAGAAAAAGGACACUGAAAGCAAAUGGUUGGAGUUACAGAGGAGAAGUGAGGAGCUGGAACUGCUGAUUACAAAACAAAAGGAAAGGGAGGACAUGGACAAGAUGGCAAUGGAAGAAGAGAGAAAUGAACUGGAGAAAGAAGCUGCAGAAAUAACAAGACAAAAAGAAGAGAUAGAAAAAGAAAAGGAGAACAUGGUGAAAAAGCAGAAAGAACUAGACAUUCUGAAAGAGAAAAUAUACAAAGAAAAGGAUGAAAUGGAGGAAGUCAGAAAUAAGAUGAUGACUGCUGAACUUUUACUUGACCAAAGAGAGACUAAAAUGAAUGAAGAAAAGCAAAUUCUGGAGGACAGUCUGAGGAAGGUGACGGAGGAGAGAAGUGAUCUGGAUAAGAUGAGAAUGGAACUAGAAGCUCAAACUCAACACGUGGAAGACAUCAGAGAGAAAAUGAAACAGGAGAGAGAUGAAGUAGAUCGUCUGAUGAAUGAAUUCCAAACAGAGAAGAAAGAUGUGGAAAAUGAAAAGUACAUUACAAAUAAUUUGAAGAAUGAGUUGGAACAAAUGAAAGACAACUUAGACGCAACAUAUGAUGAGAUUGUGCUGGAAAAACAAAAGAUAGAAAAUGAGAGAAAAGCCAUGGAACAGUCAAAGGCAGCUAUACAGAGAGAAGUUGAGGACAUGAAGAAUGCAGUGGAGAAGGUCAGCAUGGACAGAGAAAAAAUACAUGAAACUGAGUCUGAACUAAAAAAGGAGAAAGAGCAAUAUAAGGUUCUUCUUGAAGAAACUCAGAGAAAGAGAGAUGAACUGGAGAAGACAGCUGCAGAGAUAGCAAAGCAAAAUGAAGACAUUGAGAUGAAGAAAGUCCUUCUUGAGAAGGAGAAAAAGGACACUGAAGGCAAAUGGUUGGAGUUACAGAGGAGAAGUGAGGAGCUGGAACUGCAGAUGACAAAGCAGAAGGAAAGGGAAGACAUGGACAAGAUGGCAAUGGAAGAAGAGAGAAAAGAACUGGAGAAAGAAGCUGCAGAAAUAAUAAGACAAAAAGAACAGACAGAAGAAGAAAAGGAGAACAUUGUGAAGAAGGAGAAGGAACUAGACAUUCUGAAAAAGAAAAUACACAAAGAAAAGGAUGAAAUGGAGGACGUCAGAAAUAAGAUGAUGACUGCUGAACUUUUACUUGAGCAAAGAGAGACUAAAAUGAAUGAAGAAAAGCAAAUUCUGGAGGACAGUUUGAGGAAGGUGAUGGAGGAGAGAAGUGAUCUGGACAGGAUGAGAAUGGAACUAGAAGCUCAAACUCAACAAAUGGAAGACAACAUCAGAGAGAAGAUGAAACAGGAGAGAGAGGAACUUGAUCAAAUGAUGAAUGAAAUCCAAACAGAGAAGAAAGAUGUGGAAAAUGAAAAGUACAUUACAAAUAAUUUGAAGAAUGAGUUGGAACAAAUGAAAGACAACUUAGACGCAACAUAUGAUGAGAUUGUGCUGGAAAAACAAAAGAUAGAAAAUGAGAGAAAAGCCAUCGAACAGUCAAAGGCAGCUAUACAGAGAGAAGUUGAGGACAUGAAGAAUGCAGUGGAGAAGGUCAGCAUGGAGAGGGAAAAAAUACAUGAAACUGAGUCUGAACUAAAAAAGGGGAAAGAGCACUAUAAUGUUCUUCUUGAAGAAACUCAGAGAAAGAGAGAUGAACUGGAGAAGACAGCUGCAGAGAUAGCAAAGCAAAAUGAAGACAUUGAGAUGAAGAAAGUCCUUCUUGAGAAGGAGAAAAAGGACACUGAAGGCAAAUGGUUGGAGUUACAGAGGAAAAGUGAGGAGCUGGAACUGCAGAUUACAAAACAAAAGGAAAAGGAGGACACAGAUAAGAGGGCAGUGGAAGAACAGAGAAAAGAACUGGAGAAAGAAAACACAAAAAUGACAAGUCAAAAAGAAGAACUAGAAAAAGAAAAGGAGAACAUGGUGAAAAAGCAGAAAGAACUAGACAUUCUGAAAGAGAAAAUACACAAAGAAAAGGAUGAAAUUGAGGAUGUCAGAAAUAAGAUGAUGACUGCUGAACUUUUACUUGAGCAAAGAGAGACUAAAAUGAAUGAAGAAAAGCAAAUUCUGGAGGACAGUCUGAGGAAGGUGAUGGAGGAGAGAAGUGAUCUGGAUAAAAUGAGAACGGAACUAGAAGCUCAAACUCAACAAACGGAAGAUAUCAGAGAGAAAAUGAAAGAGGAGAGAGAGGAACUUGAUCAAAUGAUGAAUGAAAUCCAAACAGAGAAGAAAGACAUGGAAAAUGAAAAGUAUAUUACAAGUAAUUUGAAGAAUGAGUUGGAACAAAUGCAAGUCAACUUAGAUGUACAAUGUGUUGAGAUUGAGCAUGAAAAACAAAAGACUGAGAAUGAGAGAAAAGCCUUUGAGCAGUUAAAAGCAGCUAUGCAGAGAGAAGAUGAGGACCUGAAGAAUGAACUGGAGAAGGUCAGCAUGGACAGGCAGAAACUGAAUGAGAUGGAGACUGAACUACAAACAGAGAAAGAGCACUAUAAUGUUCUUCUUGAAGAAACUCAGAGAAAGAGAGAUGAACUGGAGAAGACAGCUGCAGUGAUAGCAAAGCAAAAUGAAGACAUUGAGAUGAAGAAAGCCCUUCUUGAGAAAGAGAAAAAGGACACUGAAAGCAAAUGGUUGGAGUUACAGAGGAGAAGUGAGGAGCUGGAACUGCUGAUUACAAAACAAAAGGAAAGGGAGGACAUGGACAAGAUGGCAAUGGAAGAAGAGAGAAAUGAACUGGAGAAAGAAGCUGCAGAAAUAACAAGACAAAAAGAAGAGAUAGAAGAAGAAAAGGAGAACAUGGUGAAAAAGCAGAAAGAACUAGACAUUCUGAAAGAGAAAAUAUACAAAGAAAAGGAUGAAAUGGAGGAAGUCAGAAAUAAGAUGAUGACUGCUGAACUUUUACUUGAGCAAAGAGAGACUAAAAUGAAUGAAGAAAAGCAAAUUCUGGAGGACAGUCUGAGGAAGGUGACGGAGGAGAGAAGUGAUCUGGAUAAGAUGAGAAAGGAACUGGAAGCUCAAGCUCAACACAUGGAAGACAUCAGAGAGAAAAUGAAACAGGAGAGAGAUGAAGUAGAUCGUCUGAUGAAUGAAAUCCAAACAGAGAAGAAAGAUGUGGAAAAUGAAAAGUACAUUACAAAUAAUUUGAAGAAUGAUUUGGAACAAAUGAAAGACAACUUAGACGCAACAUAUGAUGAGAUUGUGCUGGAAAAACAAAAGAUAGAAAAUGAGAGAAAAGCCAUCGAACAGUCAAAGGCAGCUAUACAGAGAGAAGUUGAGGACAUGAAGAAUGCAGUGGAGAAGGUCAGCAUGGACAGAGAAAAAAUACAUGAAACUGAGUCUGAACUAAAAAAGAGAAAGAGCACUAUAAUGUUCUUCUUGAAGAAACUCAGAGAAAGAGAGAUGAACUGGAGAAGACAGCUGCAGAGAUAGCAAAGCAAAAUGAAGACAUUGAGAUGAAGAAAGCCCUUCUUGAGAAAGGAGAAAAAGGACACUGAAGGCAAAUGGUUGGAGUUACAGAGGAGAGGUGAGG